AACAGUGAUCCAGUCAGUUGGCUUUCAGAUUUGUCGCCGUUCAGAAUAUUCUUCCAAGAAUUUGUCAUUUAAAAGGUCAAAAAAUGAAUUUCAUCACAUUUGCAUUUAUUUCAAUUUUGUUGUGCAAUUUUGCGAUUGGCCUCACAAUCAUUUCAUCAGAUGCUGUUUACAACAAUUUCAUUGAUUCUACUGAGAACGACAAAAAUGUAGAGAAAUUUGGUGGAAAUAAUGUUUUAGAAACCACAUACGGCAAACAAUCUUUGGGCAAAAGUCAUCGCUUCUUCUAUACAGUUGGUGAACGAGUCGAAGGCGACAAACAAUUGGAUCAUAUUUUCAAGCAAACUGGAUGGAAAAUUAAAACUGAUGCAAUAGUCAAUUUAACUUAUCCAGCUGGUGGCAAAACUAUCAAGGAUUUGACGUUCGUCAUGAUAACCGUUUAUCAGGAAUCGGAGGACAAUCGCAUAAAUGUCAGCGGUGGUGGAAUCAAUACAAAAGAAAUUACCAUCAGUAUACAUGCAAACCAGACGCACUAUGUUGCUUACAACGCAUUUUUCUAUGGACAUGAAUAGUCGGAGUCACAGCAUUGAAAGGCGAAUAAAUAAAUAAAUCUGUGAACAAUCCAAUAUUAUACUCCAAAAAUGUCAAACGAAACAUAUUCAAAUCAUAUUCAAAAGCUAUCUUAGCUAUUUCGCAUUAUCUUAUCAAUGCUUCCUUCAAAUAGCAAUGAACUUUAUCACUAUCUGAAAAAAAAUGUAAAUGUCAAGAAUAAAAUUCGACCAGUAUAAGAA